GACUGAUUGUCCAUUGUGAGCAGACCUUCAUUUGAAGUUGGUCACUGCGGCGAAGUGACAGCCCUUCAAGGUUCCCUAGUUCGAGAAUUAUCUAUUUUGAGAUUGAGGGAAGGAUUUGGGAAAAGAUUGACCUGGAACAUUGGAAAGAUCUAUUGCUCAUCUCCAGGCUCCUCCUUCACAAUGGCCACUUCAUCUGCGUGGCAAAAAUCAUUGAGGCAAAAUGUCCCCGGGGUCCUUCACGGCGGGAUGAGUAAAAAAGUCCAUCAAGGUAAAUCGAUGAUGGAGAAAGUCCGAAGGCUGUCUGUCGUCGAGGAUGACAAACAAAAGCAACCGCAAAAGCGCUUGAAACGAGCCAGUGUGGAUUUAGACACGCGAGAUUAUGCCGUGGCAGCUAAAGUGGCCCGUGAGUCCGCUCAUGAGCCGGCAAAAGCAUCCAAAGCGAUCGUGGCCAAGACUAAGCCCUCGAAGAAGAUCACCAAAUCGACUUCCAAUCUCAAAAUAUCCGUGGUCAUCCCGGUUCCCACACCCUUAGAUCUGAAAGUUGUGAAGAAUCCGAUCGGACCCAUUUUGUCGCCGAUUCCUUUACCCAAGGGUGUGAUCUGUAUUGACGAAGUGGAAAGCAACUCCUUGGUGGAUUGCUGGCCCGAUUUCGUAGCUUAUUUGCAACAAAAAGAAUCCGCUUGGGUGUUCCCGCCAGACAUACUCAUUGGUAAGAGUUCAUCCUUGGUGGGCAACCGAUUCAUCCUGAUGAAUUGGAUACUAGAAGUCAUCUAUCACAUUCACGCUUGUCAAGAGACCCUGUACAUUUGUGUGGGCCUGAUCGAUGCCGUCUUCGCCUUACGUGAGGUGGAUUCCGUUCACUAUCAGCUCGUGGCCAUCACCUCGUUGCUUAUUGCUUCCAAGCUGGAAGAGUACCACCCUCCUGACAUCAAGCAACUCAUUGCUUUAACCGAAAACUCGUAUACUUUCGAUGAAGUCAUUCAGAUGGAAAUGAAGAUUUUGGACUUACUCCAAUUUGAGGUAUCCUUGCCGAGCCCAAUGAUAUUUUUGAACCGUUACAUCCGAGCCUCGCUUUCGCAUGACAAUCCAUUCUUUAAGGAGGCCUGUCUCUUCUUUUACGAUUGUUUGAUCCCUUGUGUCGAAUAUUCCUCUUAUCCCAACUCGAAAAAGGCUGCGGCCGCCAUCUACGCCACUCGACAAGUGUUCGAGGUCUCUGAAGACAAACACUACUUACGAUGGACGCCAACGCUCGAGUACUACACCAAAUAUGCGGAAAGUGAUGUCUUUGAAUUGGCUUUACGCAUGAUUGACAUUCUGUUGAAACUUCAUCGAGGCAAGCAGGCCAAGAAACCGGAAGAGGGCGUUAUGAAGAAGUUCAAAAGUCGUACCAGGCACAAGGCCAUGAUCCUAAGGCCAGAGCUGAGUCUCGAACGGAUUGAAACAGUAGUGGAAAUUCUCAACGUCAUAACCAGCAAUGAACUGUAACGCUUACUUUAUACUACCAUGAACCCGUUUUACGACGAAAAAUUCAAUUUUACAUUCCAAUUCACGACUUCAUGCGUUUUGGUUCUAUAACUAUGGGUGGAAGCCUCAAACCUUACGGCAAACAAAUGUUACUCCCGUGGGAGCCAUUGGUACUCAAACACUUAAUAUUCGCUUUAUUUUUGGCCUCUGAAGCCAAUUUCGACUGUACAAAUAAUGAAGUUAUGACAUUCCUGAAAUGCAAGACAUUUAUCUCUC